UGAAUUUGUUUUUCAUUUUAAACACACGUGUUUUUUAUUUCACAUUUUAUCUAAUUUAAGUGACAUGAUGGACGACGAAUUGCCAACUUCUAUUGAAUUAAAUAUAACUAAAAGUGGACCUAAAAGGCUUCAACAGACAGUUAAGAAGAAAGUGCGAGGUAAACGAGCAUUGAAUUUUGCUCCUCCAGUUGAUCAUGCCGCUAAAGCUGCAAACAAGAAAAACAAAAUACUCCUGGAUGAGUUCUAUAGUGGAAUUGAUUUGAAUGAAGCUUCCAAAAAGGUGAAAAAGGAUGACAAGAAGGAAGAGAAGCCCAUUAAAAAAGAAACUAAAUCUUCCAAUGAUUUUGAUGAGCUGGACGAGGAGUUCAAUCAAUUGAAAAAGAGAAAGAAUUUAAAAGGAAGAUCUGGUGAGAAAUUCACAAAGCCUGCCAAGGUUCCUGAACAUGACGACGUUGAUGAUGAUUUUUUUGAACGGGGACAAAAACGUAAAUACAAUGGUAAUUCACACGAAAAAUCUAACGUUUUUAAAGUUACUAAGGAUGGUAAAACAUUUGUACCUUCAUUGUUUUCGAAUAAUCCAGAGACGCCAAUCAUUAAUUUAAAAAAAGUAAAACCUGUUAAAGAAUUGCUCUUCUCGAAGAAAAAAUUUGCAGACUUCAAAGAUCUUCAUCCACAUCUAGUUUCUUGUCUCAAAAGUCGUUUGAACGUUGAAGAAAUGACAAGAGUGCAACAAUCAGCCAUUCCUCCAUUAGUUAGUGGAAAAGACUGUUUAAUCAAAUCAGCCACAGGAUCAGGUAAAACAUUAUCAUACCUUGUACCGAUUGUUCAGAAACUACAAUCUAUAGAACCCAAAUUGCAAAGAAGUGACGGGAUACAUUGUUUAAUAAUCGUACCAACGCGGGAACUCGUAGCUCAAUGUUUUAAUACUCUUGCUGAUCUCUGCAGGUCAUUCACAUGGUUGGUACCUGGAUGCUUAAUGGGUGGUGAAAAGAAAAAGUCGGAGAAAAGUCGAAUACGUAAAGGCAUAACAAUUUUAGUUUCAACACCUGGACGUUUAAUUGACCACAUGGAAACUACGAAAAAUUUGAAAUUCAAUAAAGUUCAAUAUUUUGUAAUCGACGAAGCUGAUCGCUUACAUGAGCAAGGUUUUGAGGAAUCACUUAGCAAAAUAAUUGAUCAUCUUAAAGACGAAUGUGAAACGCGGCCACAAUGUGUUCUACUCUCUGCAACAUUAUCCAGCAGUGUUCAAGAUCUUGCCGGAAUGACUCUUACCGACCCACAAUUGAUCGAUCUCUGUGAUUCGCAGGAUGACAUAGAAAAAUACGCUCUACCUCCACAGUUGGAUUUACAUUAUAUCGUUGUGCCUGCAAAACUACGUCUUAUAUCUCUUUGUUCAUUUAUAGUAGACCAGAUUUCAAAGAGAAAAUUGAAAGCACUGAUUUUCAUGUCAACUCAAGACUCUGUUGAUUUUCACCAUGGUAUAUUCACUAAACUCUUCUCACCUUUGCUAGAAAAAAGUCAACUGACACCAGUUAAAUUCUUUCGACUUCAUGGUAACAUGGAACAAAAAGAUCGAAUGUCAGUUUUUAAUUCUUUUCAAUCAAUUCCUGCUGGAAUCCUCCUAUGCACUGAUGUUGCUGCUCGUGGACUAGACUUGCCUCUAGUGGAUUGGAUCAUCCAAUACAGUUGUCCAUCCAAAAUUGGCGACUUUGUUCAUCGAGUUGGACGAACUGCUAGAAUUGGUGCUAAAGGAGAUGCUCUUCUUUUUCUACUUCCUGCAGAAACAGGAUUCUUGAAUCUUCUCCAAGAUGCGUUGCAAAUAAAUUUCAGUGAAACGUCUUUGGAAGAUUUAAUAAAAACUCUGUUGUUGGUUCGACUUGAAGGAAAAUUUUUAGGAACUCGCAAUCCUCGAGAAUAUGCAGCAAAAUUACAACAAGACUUGGAGAAAGCUCUUUACGAAGAUGAAUGUUUACUAAAUUUAGCCAAAAAGGCUUUUCUGGCCUUUUUGCGUGCUUAUGCUUCUUAUCCAAGAGAGACAAGAACUAAUCUUCCAUUCAAAGAGCUUCACAUUGGACAUAUAGCUACGAGUUUCCUGCUUCAUGACUCUCCUAAAGAUCUUGGUGCUGCAGCCUUCACAUAUAAACAAACCCAACUUAGAACGUAUCGUCGUCUUAACCCUUAUAAUAAAGAGUGCCGUGAUCCUAAACGUGGACUGCCCGUUGAAAUGAGAGCUUCCGAGUUUGAUAGUGGUAUAGCAUCAAAGAAGCGUAAAACUUGAUGCUAACAUUUGGCUAGAUAUCCUUUGUUUCUAAUUUUCCUGUUACUUUUGGAUUCCUUUCUGUGUUUAAUUUAAUUCUGACAAUUGAAUAAAUUAUAUUAUAAACAAA